AUGGAUCCGCUCUCCAUUACAGUGGGCGUCGCAACACUGCUAAAAUGCUGCAUAUCCGUCGGCGUCUCACUCCGCAAAUUUCUUAUUGGCGCUGCGGAAGUGAAAACUGUGAUCGCGGCAAUGAUGGUUGAUCUCAGAGCCUUACGAUCGGUGCUUGAGUCGAUGGAAGCCACUUUUGAGGAGAUGAACAGCGAUAAGCCUGAGACCGGCCAUGUAGGAGCUCACUGGACCAACCUCUUCCAGUCGCUCGAGGACGGCCAACAAAGUCUCGCUGGGCUACAGAAAGUACUUGAAGAUGCUAACAAGCAUGUUAAAAUCUUAGACAGCGCUCGCAAGCAGAUACGCAUCAAGGCUGUUGCCGAUAAAAUUGUCACCUGCCGGCAAGAAGUACAGGUAUAUAAGGAUACGCUUCAGCUUUCGUUACAGACCAUAAUUCUAUGGAAUUCGCAUGGCAUAAAGGGCAGUACCGAAGAGCUCCUAGUUGCGUCUAGGGCCACGCAUCAAGACCUCCAACGGCUGGCGACUAAUGUCGAGAUCAAGUUGACAGCCCUUCAUACCUUAUUUGAGCAUUCCAAUGAGGCUGAUGGUAUGACCAAGAUUACGAAUCUCAAAAGGACAAUUACAUCAGCAGCGACUGUCAUCGCUGGGGACACCACCGACGUGGCCAAUUUGAAGGACGUGGAUGAUUUCACGUCGGAUUUCGGAGACUGGACUCUGCCGGUGCAUACACUAUCCAAAUCGAGCUCGGCUUUGACGCUCAGCACCGGCACCAACGAUGGACCCGUAGAUCUGCCACCUGUAACAAGCAAUGGCGAGCUCACGAACAUACCGAGUGGGAACACGAAUAUAACCUCCGGAUCGCACUCACUGGCGCCAGCGCCAAUUCCACGACGGAAACCAGUUGGGGGACAUCCAGCAAAGGGAAGCGAAAAUCCGCCCACAAAACCAAAUGAUCAUGAUGUAAAAUCAGAUCUAGCCAUAUCUGAUGUUGAGCCUGUGUCUAGCCCAAAGUUUCAGCUCCCCACAAUUGAUAUCCGACGCGUUGAAAAGUCGAACCGGAAACGAUUAAGGGGGUUCUGGUUCAACAAGUCAAUGAACUCACUCGCAGUCCGAAGUCCCAUGAUGGAUGAUCCGCAAUCCACAUCAUCGAGGUGGCGCAAAAGAAAACUGCCACGGAAACUCAAGAUAGUACUCGUUGGCGACGGUGCUUCGGGGAAGACAUGCUUACUCAUCAUGGUCACCAAAGGUACUUUUCCUGAAGUCUAUGUAGCCACAGUCUUCGAGAACUAUGUGGCAGAUUUCGAAUUGAAUAAGCAAGACUUCACGGUUCAUUUCUGGGAUACCGCUGGACAGGAGGACUAUGACAGAUUGAGGCCUUUAUCAUAUCCUGACGCAGACGCCGUGGUUAUUACUUUUGCUAUAGACUCCCCUGACUCGCUGGAUAACGUACAAGCAAAGUGGAUCUCAGAGGUCCUCCAUUUCUGCUCUGCAGCACCAAUAUUUCUCGUCGGCUGUAAGAAAGACUUGCGAUACGAUCCCAAGACGAUCGAAGAGCUCCGUAAGACGUCGCAGAGGCCCGUAACUCUUGAACGGGCGGAAGGUGUGCGCAAGAAGAUCGGUGCAGUCGCGUACGUCGAGACGUCUGCAAAGACAGUGAGGUAUAAGAUUGACCAUGCUAAGAAGAAGCGGGAUCAGGCAUCGUCAGGAAUCUAA